ACUACACCACACGUGUAGCCUCUGGUGUUCAACGAGUCAACUGUUUAUAGAUGGUCAACUGACCUAGUACAGCCGUUUUUCAUUACAUACUGAAAACAACAACCUGGAGCUUUGGAAUCACUGGACAUAUGUACUAAGGAUAGAACUUUUUGAUAUAGAGACAAUGAGAAACUUAACAGUGGUGAUGGGCCAUCUCCACAUAAUCAGACAAUCUGUUAGAACAUUCGCUACUGCUCAACGAUAUGGUAAAGAAGAUACUAAAUGUAGAAAUAUUGAUCAAGGCUCAUUGAAAACAGGCCAUUACUUGCUAAAGAACUACAUACAGAGACCCCCAUUGGAAAAAUGUGAGCGUCUCCCCUUUAGCAGGAAGAAAAUCACAGUGUCUGAUGUAGAACCAGCAUUUAAGUCCUGCCAAGCAUGUGUUAAAGUCUGCAGAAGUAUUUUGAAUGAGAAUAAAUUUAUGUCGACCAAGCAAGUGGAAGUUUUAGAUGCUCUCCAGAGAAAUAUAUGGGAAUUUCAUAUACUUGAUUUGACCUUUGAACAGUUAUUUGAUCUCAUUGAGAGAAGUAUUAUGAAGAAAUAUAAAUGUGAAUACUUCUUGCGUGCCUUGUUCAUGCAAGCAACAUCAAAGUUUGAUACUUACGAAUGGGAUGCCAGUUCCAUUUCACUUCUAAUGUUGUUUACAACUGUGUUUAGACAAGUUCCUCGUUCCUUAAUGGAUAAGGUACACACAUUUGUCUGUUUGAAUAUAAAACUAUUUUCCUUGAAAGAGCUGAUUUUGAUCAUGAAUGCAUUCUAUGUAGGAAAGUUCAAUUAUGGUCAUGCAGACUUUCUGGCUUCCUCAGUAAUAGACAAAGCUCUGACAAAUCUUCGUGACUUGAAUUCUAGAGAUCUUCUCAUGAUUAUCAAGCUGUGCCAAUCACACAGAGAGGACAAUUUCACCUUUUUGUUUGAUGUUGCGAGAACACUAAUGAGGGAUGAAAAUGAUUUGAAGAAACAUUGCAGGAAUUUUAUAGAUGUUGCAUACUUGUUGAAACAAUAUGCAAAGUAUAAGCUUGAUGUUCCGGAAUUUGUGGAUGCUGUCAUAAACGCUUUACCAAAGCCUGCAGAUAUUCAGAUUGAAAGCUGUGAGGAGGACAAUGCAAUUAAAGUAACCAACACCAACCCACAGCUCACCAUUCGACUGAAGGAUAUUGGCACAAUAUCAUGGGCACUUGGGUGUUUAGCUUAUGAUGUAGGAGACACAACAGGCAUCCACUCAUAUUUAGAAAAAUUGUUCGUAGCCAUUCAUAGAAUUGACAAUAGGAAUGCACAUAGCUUUAUCAGGGAAUUCUUUUUUGGCCAAGUUGUUGCUGGGAAAUUUACGCCAGUUUUCAUUCAGUACAUGAGAGAUCAUAGUUCCAAACAUUUAAAAGAACAACUUGAGAAAAACAAUUACACACGUAAAGGAAUGUUGUAUAUUUUUCUUCGUGUCUGCAUGGAUAUUGAUUGUCCAGAUGUUGAGCUCAAGAAAAUUCCGAGGGGGGAGAUGGAGCAUGUCAUGAAGCAGGAUAUUGCUGUACCAUCAUAUCAAUACUUUGAAGAUUUCACCAACUACAUGAAUGAAUUGUUACAAGGAAAAUUUGUUGUACAUCAUACUGUUCUGCCAUACAUCACAAAUCUCAUGGAAAUUCGUUUAGAUGAAAACAACAGACCAGUACCCUUUACACCAACAAAAUAUGAGGAUCUUUUAGAGGAAAUGAUGGACAAGGAAUUGAUGUCAAAAAGAGGUAGACGGAUUGUGAUUUUGCAAAGAACCCAGUCAUCCUGCUUGCAAAGUGGAAAGCAUUUAAGUAUGCUUGAUCGACCAUCUGGACUUACAUUAGUCAGCAAAAGACAUCUGUAUAAACUUGGAUACGAAUCCUGUUUGGUAACUCUCUUGCAUUCACCUUUACCUGAACGAGUUCAUCAGACAGUAUCAAUGUUGGUGAGGGAUUUUGGUGUACAAGUUAAUUCAGCAGUGCUAAAGAGGGUUGAACGAAGAUGUCUAAUAGAUCAACUUCAUAGAACUGGACAUGUACAAAAUAAAACUCAUUGAGAGUGAGUGUGUGUAACCAGGAACCUCAAUGUCGUAUCAAUAUCCUGCUCUAGUUCAAAUACAUCUUCAAUUGUGUUCAACUUACCGGUAGUUUCAUUCAUAUUUACAAUAAUGUGUUCAUAAAGUCAUGCACUAUAGUUGUGCCACAUUUCUGUCCACACCAGCUUGAUAUGUGCCAUCCAUGCCCAUUGUACU